AGAAACCAUAGUGCGCAUGCGUACAGAACUUGAACGUUCUGGCGGGCAGCAAAACUCGGAAACCACCCGGGAACAGCUGAUUAGUAGUUUAUAUAUCUUUACUGGUUUGACUAAACUGCACUAUGGUAGAAGGACCGGGCUGUACGUUAAAUGGAGAGAAAAUCCGCUCUAAGGUGAAGACAGGACAGGAAGUAAAACAAGUCAGGGGCAGUUUGACGAAUAAGAACAACUCUGAAACAAAUGCUUUCCACGGUUUUCUUGGAUGUCAGUACACUGGUGUGGAAACCCUUGGCAAGGAGCUCUUCAUGUACUUCGGCUCGAGAGCUUUAAGGCUCCACUUUGGUAUGAAUGGGUCGAUGAGUCUAAAUCCUGCUCAGAGGAAGGUUACAACGGGCUCGGCAGCAGUGCUGGAAAUACACCUUACCAACGACACUGUGGCUUUCUUUGACAGCACUGUAGAAAUAAGGUUGACGGAGGACUGCAAGCAGAAGGUCAGGGCCAUGGAGAGUCUGGAUGUGUGCUCCUCAAAGUUCAGCUUCUCGCGCUCUGAGGAGGCUGUGAGGAGCCAGAGUAGCAGGAUGCUCUGUGACGUUCUCCUAGACCAAGCCGUCAUGCCGGGAGUCGGCAACAUCAUUAAAAACGAAGCCCUGUUUGACUCGGGCUUCCACCCAGCCGUGAAGGUGCAGCUGUUGACAGAUAAGCAAAUCAACCAUUUAGUGAAGAUGACUAGAGACUUCACUCUUCUCUUUUAUAAGUGUCGCAAAACUGGCUCAGCUCUUUACAAACAUUACAAAGUCUACAAACGUCCACAGUGUGACCGAUGCUCUCAUGCCAUCACAGUCUGUCGUCUUGGCGAUAAUGGUAGAAUGACUUACUUCUGUGAACGCUGUCAAAAAGGAGAUCCCACCGGAGUUGAUAUCAGCCAGCUCCCACCUAGAAACAGUCUGAUCAGUUGGACCUAUAAUGAGAGAACCAGUGAUGAUGUAGCCAAGAAGGAGGAGGAGGACUGGGCUUGUCAACUCUGCACGCUCAUCAACCAGCCAACAGCUAAAGCCUGUGAUGCUUGCCGUACUCCAAAACCUGAGGCCCACAAAGACGACAUUAGUACUGAAGUGUCGCCCUUCACCGCUGAUUUAAUUAAACAUCCCUGCAAUGCCUUCAAGAAACCAGGAGAGGAGCUCAAAGUCAACUGGAGGUCUGCAUUUGGGACUUCCACCCUUGUUUUCUCUGACAUGAGUAAGAAGCCAAAGCCUGUAAACUCUCCACUCUCCCUGGCCGGCAGUCAUUUGAAUUCCUUGGCGGCAGCACGAGGUUUAUAUAAAAACAGCUUCUGCCAGGGGACAACAAGCCCCAAUUAUGCCUCUGGUGGCUGGCAGAAGCAAAGUGCCGAGCUCUCCAAAAGGGAAUCACUGGCCUCCUACAGUCACCCAUCCAAGAAAAUGAGAAUUGAUCACAGCCCCUCUCCUAGUAACAAAGCUCAAAAUGGAGCCCCCAACUCAGGUGGUGCAACCCUCAUCUCUCCCAGUCCCAGUGCCCCUUGUUGUGCAUCCCAUUGCCGUCCGGCUGUCCUCAGAGUGGUCCACAAGGAGGGGGAGAACAAGGGACGACAGUUCUACUCCUGCUCGCUACCAAGAGAGACCAAGUGCAACUUUUUUGAGUGGGCUGAUUUGCACUUCCCUUUCUGUCACCACGGGAAACGCUGUUUAAUGAGGACGGUUCUGAAGCUUGGCCCAAACAAUGGUCGAAAUUUCUACACCUGCAGCUUUCAAAAGGGUAAACAAUGCGACUUCUUCCAGUGGGCAGAGAAUGGACCAGGGGUGUCCAUCCUUCCUGGCAGCUGAAGCGUUGCAGCCAUGCAUAAAUAGUUCCCUGAUAUAUACGAAAGAAACUGUAUUAUAGUGAAUUUAGGUAUUUGUUUUACAUUUAUUGAUGCAUUUCAACUAACAUAAUUAUAUUUGCAUGUAUUUUGUAUUGUGCUUUGUAAAUGACGUGUGUGUGUGUGUGUGUGUGUGUGUGUGUGUGUGUGUGUGUGUGUGUGUGUGUGUGUGUGUAAUUUUAAGUUUUCACAAAAGCGCCAUCAAUCUGAUUAGAACAAGUCAGGCCAGAAACGUUAAUCAAAGCAAUUCUUUUUUAUAAAUUCAGUUUUAAUUCAUUAUAUCAGAAUAAAGUGCAUCAUAGAAAUUGUUCAUUCAUACUCAGUUUUAGAGAUUUGAAGUAUUAUUUUUUUAAAAGCAAUCUGCAGAUUUCAUGACUGGAGUGUCUGACUCUGAGUUUGACACCAUGUAGUGAAACUGGGUGAGGCUGGGGGCUUUGUUACACGCUGCACCUGAGUGGAGAGAGAGAGAGAGAGACAGGUCUGUUAAUGGAAGUUAAUGCUUCCUGUUCCUUUCUCAUCGUGUCUAUAGAUUGGCUCAAAUCAUCAUGUUCUGUCUUAAUAAAGGCUGUUGCUUUUCA